AUCCUAAGGAGGUUCUUUUCAAAUUUAUGGUGAAAUUUUUCCCAGUGGACCCCAGCCACCUGAGAGAAGAGCUGACCAGGUACCUCUUCACCCUCCAGAUCAAGAAGGACCUGGCACUGGGGAGGCUGCCCUGCAGCGAUAAGAGCGCAGCGCUGCUCGUCUCCCACCUGCUGCAGUCUGAGUUGGGUGACUUCCACGAGGAGACGGACCAGGAGCACCUGGCGACCCACAGGUACCUGCCCAACCAGGAGUACCUGGACAACAAAAUCAUGCACUACCAUCGGAGACAUGGUGGGAAGACACCGGCCGAGUCAGAUGUUCAGCUGCUGGAUGUGGCCAGGAAGCUGGAGAUGUAUGGGAUCCGCCCGCACCCCGCCAGUGAUGGUGAGGGGACACAGAUCAAUCUGGCCGUGACACACAUGGGGGUGCUGGUUCUGCGGGGCAAUACGAAGAUCAACACAUUCAACUGGUCCAAAAUUCGCAAACUGAGUUUCAAGAGAAAGCAUUUUCUCAUCAAGCUCCAUGCAAACAUCUCUGCACUGUGCAAGGACACGCUGGAGUUCACCAUGGCAAGCCGGGAUGCCUGCAAGGCUUUCUGGAAGACAUGUGUGGAGUACCAUGCCUUCUUCAGGCUGUCUGAAGAACCAAAGUCAAAGCCCAAAGCCCUUCUGUGCAGCAAGGGCUCCAGUUUCCGCUACAGUGGGAGGACACAGCGGCAGCUGCUGGAGCAUGGGAGGAAGGCAAAGAGGAAGAGCCUGCCCUUCGAGAGGAAGCACUACACAUCCCACUAUGAUGAGAGGCAGUGUCGCUCCUCCCCAGACCUCCUCACUGACGUCUCCAAGCAGGUGGAGGAGCUGCGCCUGGCUUACAGCGGCCGGGGCUCCUACCAUGCCAAUGGGGUGCACACCUCCGAGCCCACCCUGGACAGCCGGCGCCGGAGCUCUGCCGUGGAGGUGAUGUUCGCUGCUGAGCUGGAGCGCUCCAAGCCCGAAGCAUCGCCUACCUUCCUGCCCCACUCCAAAAGUUCAUCUGCCUUCCCUCUGCUCUAU